CCCGCUUUGGGGAUGCGCCCCCCGCCUGCCGCGUUCGCAGAAAGCGGAGCCCGUGUGCGUUUCUCCCCGGUUGCUGUCCCCUGCUCGGUGUGACCCCGCUCUGCCUCGGGAGCGGACACCUUCCCGGCAGCCAGGCCCAGCGUUGCCGGUGUUUGCGCGGCCGCGGUUAGGAGCUGAGACUUGACACUGGCCAGAGGCCCUGCUGGGGAGGUUGUGUGCAUUCCAUUAAACAGAUCCCAGGAGCAGGCAGCAUGGGCAUUAUGUUCUGGAUGUUGGAAAACACUUGGGCCAAAAUCCUGUGGAGAAAAGCAAGAUGCUGUAGGUCACUCUCCAAGUAUGCUAAUAUCUAAUUUAAUUUUUUUUAAAUAAAAAAAAAUUACUUUCUUAGUUUUUACAAAAAAACGCACGCUGAUUAGUUCCCUGUCCUCUGAGGGGUGCAGUCAGUUCUUGGGCUGCCCGUGCUGUGGGGUUACACCCCUGUAGCUCUGUCUGUCUGUCUGUCUGGUUGGAGUGAGAUGGCUUCUGCAGCUGGGUGCAGCCCUGGUCAUCCCUGUUAGUGUGAAUUUUAUGGAUUACACUGAACCAGGAAACAAGAUGUGAUUGUAGCAGAAAUCCAUCCUUAGGUGUAUUUCCAGACUGUGUCAUUGCUACAGUAUCAAGCAAAUGCAUUUUGAGUGCAGUUUCUAUCAAAUUGCAGAUUUAUCCCUUUCUGAGUCUGUGUGUAAUCACAGAAUCGUUACAUUCAAGUUUUCAAAAAUUCUUCAAGGAAAAAAAUCCCCCAAACAUUUCACAUAAUCGAUUCAAAAUAAUUCUGAUUAUAUUUCUCAUACAUGUUCUGUCUUCAGUUUAUGAACUGUACAGUAUAUUUAUUUUGACUGUCACCACUUGACAUAUUUUCUUGUCAUCUCAUAAUUAAAGUGUCCACAGGAAAACUGGAGUGUAGGUUUUACUGUGUUUUCUUUACAUAAUCUGCAGUUCAGUGGUGAAAGGCAGAGCUCAGGGUGCUGCAGUCACAGGGUAAAAAGGGAAAGUCUCAGGUAAAGUAGAGGCUCUUGUGCUGCACUGAGAUUUUGGAGGCUCAGAUAAUUUUUCAUUCAUCUCCCCACUGGAUUUUGGCUGUGCUUUUUUUUUGUUUUUAUUCUGUUUUUAUGUGUUUUGCUGGGCUGAAAUUUUUUCCUGCUACCAUUUCCUAUGUGCUGAUAGAAAAGCCAAGAAUUCUUCACAUUUUGAUACAUUGUUGUUAGGGUUGGUGGGACUUUGUUUUGCAUUUGAAAAUUUCGCUUUGGCAUGUAAAAAGUCAAGCUGGUAUUAAGUACUUAAAGCUUUGGUUUGUAUUCUUAAUAAAAUUUGUAAUAUUUGGGUUAAAUAAAAAUAACAUUUUAAAGCUAAAUCCUUGCAAUCUUCCAUUAUAGGACUGAAAGGAGUUUAGACUGAAUGAAAUAUAAAUUUAAUUUAUUUUAAAUGCUUUAGUCUUAUAAAACGCUUAGUCUUCUGGAAGCUGUAAUUUUUAUUUUCUAAAAGAAUUUUGCUUUCCAACUGUAUUUUUCUGUGCUGUAAUAAAGCCCUGAUAAUUCUGAUUUCUACCCCAGCACGUUUGGGAGUGUUCAGGAGCAGUUCAUUUCCUGGACAAGAGUAACUCUUUGGUGCAGUGAAACCCUGGCUUGGUGGCCAAGGGUGAAUGGUCACAGAGCCACCACUGUGGCAGUGGAACUGCCUGUUCUAAUGGCCCUGUUAAUGUCCUGAGUGGAGCAGUCCAAAUUGUAUUUCAGAAUAUUAUGUCGUGGUCUGGCAGCCAAAUGUUGCCUCUGCAAAACUGGCACAUAUGUGAAAGCUUACAGUAAAGCAGAUUAAUAUUUUUAUUUUGGUCUAAGUAAGACCAAAUGCAAUUUUUUUUUUUCGUGUGAAAUUAAAAAUGUUGCAAAUGUUACUUGCAGCAGCAGCUGGUUACUUCACUUCUCACUUGUUCAAAGAGUCUGUAAGUUUAAAAAUGAGAAGUCUCAGAGGGGUUUAUUUUGCUACAGCUCAGUGCUGUGCAAAAUGUAAAACAACGUACUGCUCUUCUAAGCAAGAGGAUUCCAAGAGCAAGGAGAAAAAGCUGCUGAUGGAGUUCUUGCAUUUGCUUACUUGAUGCCAGAUGUUGCCACAAUCUUUUACCCCAGACCAUUUUAGGUCGUUGAACACUGAAAUAUUCACACUUAAGCAGGUUCUUCACUUUGUUCACUGAGGUGGUUUCAUGCCAGAACUGUGGAACAUGGGAUUCAUCAGGUAGAUCAGGGCUGGGGUGGAAAAUAAAAUAAUAAAUAAAAACUAUGGAUGUGGAAAUGCCAGUUUUGUUGUUAUGGAGCUGUGGCAGUAACUUGGUUCCCCUGCCAGCAAGGAGGGAUCCCACAUCACGCAUGGCACUGGGAGGCAAAUGUUGGUGCUAGAAAGGGAAAUAAAACUCAGAUCUUGUUCUGGCAUGGUUGGUUCUCAUCCUUCACGGGAUCACAUUGUUUGGGGUUUGAUGUGGCCACUGCUCCAGGCCGUGCUGUGCUCAUUUUUUAAUAGCUAAAUGUACAAAAGAGGUAUUUGCUGUUAAACCUGAGGGCUGUUUAAGUACACAGGGAGUCAAAAGGUGAUUUUUGAAAAUGGGAGCUGAGCGUGAUGAUCACAGAGUGUCCCUCACCUGCUGUGCCCAGGGAUCUGCAGCUGAUGGGAAAUCCAAGCAAAAAGCAGAAUAUGGCAGCUUACUUCUGGUGUACUGAAAGAGGGAUCUAUUUCCUUUAAACCUCCAAAUUCCAAUUUUUAUUUUAGUAGCGAGGUUUUGGAAUUGCCUGUGCUUUUUCUUGAUGGCAGAAGAAACUAGGAAGUGUGGCUAUACUUCACAUCCUGCUUGGCUUUUUAUGAGUUACACAGCAAACAAAGCAAAGGGAAAAGGAUAUUAUCAUACUUGCUGAAAAGUAAAGUCCAAGCCUUUUAUAUUCCAAGGAAACAGAGGCAAUUAGAGAACAGAAGUUGGAUCUUUAUAUGUUUUUGACAUGCCUAGAGAACAGAGGAAUGAAAAUGUGUGUGCUGUGUUGUAUGAUUUUGUAACUAAAGAACUUCUGGGUCAGUCUGUGAUCACUUAAUUUAUGUUUUCUACCCAAUUUUUGUGUGGUCUAGGCUAUGAUAGUAGCAAUACCAGAAGGAAGAUUACCUGAUUAUCUUUAUUAUUAUUAUUAUUAUUUUGAGGUGUUAAUUUCAGUAGCUUAAUUCUUAGUCCAGCUAAAAUUUGGCAUGAUGAAUAUGUUUGAGCAGGGUUAUUCUGCCAACUUAAAAAUGACUCAGCAUCUUGAGAAUGAGUCUAAGUAAAUAUAUUAAUAUAUAAGAAAGGCAGGAUUCUUCUUAUUUAAGAGCAUAUCAGCAGUUGAGUUGUGGAUUUUAGUGUUGCAGAGGGGAAGGGAUCAUAAGAAUUCACAUGGAACAUGUGGCUGUUCUUUGAGAACCUUCAACAGACAAAAACCUUUUGGAAAAACUGCUUUAUGUGGUACUGGGCAAAUAUUUAUUGCCUAAAUUACCUGAAUAUUCUGUGAGUGUCUCCCUGUCUGUUGGUCCUUGCAUGUCACCUGCCUGUGCAGGCAUCACCUGGGCCAAGCAGUUCAGCCUGAUGCAGCUCACAGCAGUAGGUGAGGGAUAAAUUUAAUCCUAAAUAGUCUUUUUUUUUACCCCAGAACACUUAGGCAGCAGUCAUAACUCCUGGGAGGAUGGAGAGUUGUGUUUGGGAGAGGUGGGAAACAGGAGUGGAGCAGGAAAGGAAGAGUUUUUAUUUCAUCCUCACUUAAAAAAAAAAAAAAAAGUUCAUUUUAAGACCUAAACUUAGUAGCAAAACAAAGUUAAUUGUUCAGGUUUUCUGUGUCACUUUCAUGUCCAAGUUAAUGCUUGAUUCAUUAAUGGGGUUGUUAUUCCAGAAAUCAUUAAAGAUAUAAAAAUUAAGUAAUUGGCAAGGGAACAUCUUGAUGAAUUGUUUAAAUGCCAAAAAUGUGUAGAAGACAUUUUCUUAUCCAUUGAACAUCCAAAGUCCAUUUUAAAUGCAUGUAUUAUUUAAAUAAAAACUCCUAUUCACCCUUCAACUGUACUUCAAUAGCAUCAGGAAUUCACCCCAUCAUAGAAUAAUUGGAAGCUUUUAUGGUUUUAUAAUAAAAAGGUUGGAAAACAUAACAUAUGCUUACACAAACUGCUCACGUUGUAAAGUAUUCAAUAGCAAUAAAGGCAGAGAGACUGGUGGUUAUUCUGUGUCUUCCUAAUGAAACCACAAAGUAUAAACACAAAACAAGAUUCAUUUCAGUCAUAGUUUAUUGGGUGCUGAUGCAAAUCAUGAUUCAAAUAGGAUUUCCUGUUGCUUUUGUUUAAUUUGCCUGGAAGGAGAUGGUUGCAUGAGUGUCUCCAAAAUGAAGACAUUUGAGAUGUACUCCUGUGUAUAUUCCAGAGGCUUCAGUGGCAGAGGGAUGGAUUUGUGUCUGGGACAUGAGCAACCCUCUUUAUCCAUGUGGGGAAUGCCAGAGAAAUUGUGAGGCUGGUAGAGUUCUCAGCUUUUUUUUUUCUGUUUAUUGAGUUGGUUUUGUCUUUUUAAAAUGAAAUUUGGUUUGAAAAAGUAAUUAAAUAUCAGUAAGCAGGAGUUGUAGAGGAUCAGUUCCAGCUGUGGAAGUGCUGAUACACAUCCUCUGGGAUGUGAGGAGUGCUUGGAGUCUUUCCAAUGCCACCCUCUUGCCACAGCAGCAAGGCAGAUGUGACAGCAUCUUCCUCAUUUUUGAGUCCAACAUGUUAUGAAAGCACAUUGGGUAAAAACUGAGGGCAAAAACUCCUUCUCUGUCCUGUAACAAUAAAUAUGUGUGAGGAUUCUCAUGCUGGACGUAUAAAGUCCUUCUGUUUGUAAUGUUAAGAAUACAGAAAAAAAAAGGAAUCUUCAUUUAUUAUGUGAAUAUUGGUGGUGGAUGAGAGAGUGAUGGGAAAUGGUUUUGCUCCCUCAUACCCUAAUCCCUCAAGAGUUUUGGAACAAUUAAAGAGGGAGGUUUCCUUUCCCCCAAGUUUUUGUGUUUUUCUCUUGCCAAAAUUGCUGUUUAGUCCCCCAAAUUCUUUACCAUUACUUUAUGGGGCUAAUAAAGCGGGUCAAGUUACAGUGUGAAUUGGGUAGGAGAAAUGAGAUGCUGCAGGAAGUUCCUUGAAUUUGAGGAUCUUUCCAUAGUCAGAAGAAUGAGGAUUCUAUUUUUCAGAAGGUAGGAGAACAACCUGAGGAUUUCCUUCCAGAAUUCCAAGAGCUAUGCAGGAUACCUGGCAUACAUCAUUUUAUGACUUUAUUACUUCAGAAACAUUCAUUUCUAAAUGAAGGAUUGGGUAGAAUUCCUCAUCUUUCUCAUCCUUGUUAAGAAGGACUGUGGUAAAUUGGGAUGACAUGGAAUCAGGAAUGUGGCCCUUGAUUUGCAUCUUUCCCUAGAAAUACACUGGUGUACACACCAAGGAUGUGUGCAGAAUCAGGAGCUGGAGUUCUUCACAAGACCCAGAUCCCCUCAAUUUUAUUUCUGUUGUUGUGCCUGGAGAAAUUCCUAUGAUCUAUUCAUUUUAUCAGUUAACAGCAUAUGCAAUUUUAGCUCAUAAAGUGGCACAUUUUUAAUAUAUAUUUUUUUAAUUUGGUACUUGCAAAUAGGAGAAUUUAUGGAAUUAAAUGUACCAAAAGCAGAGUUUAAACAAGAGCGAGUUGCUAAAGGAGCACAAAUCUUGUAAUGAGAUGGUUUGGUGUUGGUGUUGAGAUGCUGUGUGACAGUGUGUGGUGCUUGGGAGGUGUCCUGUGGUAUGAAUGCUUUGGAUGGAUUGUUAAGAUCUGAGAUGGAGGGAUAUGAAAAGAAGAUGCUAGGAAAGAUUAAUGGGACAACAAAGCAGUGGAUACACUGUUGGAGAGGCCUUGCUGAAUAAAGUCACUAUUACCUAGCAUCUCUGUUCAAAAUCUUACAUGUAAAGAAAGGUUGAUGGUAGCUUGGAGUGUAGCCUGUAUUUCUGCAGAAAUUCAACUUUAGUUGUGGAUUUUAAUUUAUUUUUAAUUUUCCAUUUCUUAAAGUAUAAUUUGCAUUCAUUUUUUAAUGUAAUUUCAUAUCCAUCAAGAUUAACAUAUAAAUAACUCUAUUGCACCACCAAACAAUAAAGGGAACAAAGUGACACAAAAUAAAUCUCAUUUUACUGCAGCCCAAAAUUGGUUUUGUGGCUUUUUAGGGCUUGACUCCCAGGGCAAUUGACAGCAGAGCUGUUGAAGAGUAACUGAGUGGCUGCAUCUGUGUGAUGGAACUCCCUGAGGCUGGUAUUAUGUUCCUGGGCAGGAACAUUGUCUUUCUUAAAAGUAUAAUAUUCUAAAUAAUGACUGUACUUUUUAAGUACAUGAGACAGAGGAAAUGGAAAUCGCCUUGGUGCUGAAUGAGGAGAACAGUUUUAAUAAACUUGUCUGCAUCAACUUCAUAUUGAUUUGUUUGUCUUAAUUUUUGUGAAUGACUCUACGUGGGCAGGUCGGUGGAGAUGGAAAUGAACUGCAGCAAAGGUGGAAUGAAUCCUGGAUUUUGGCAUGUGUGCUCUAGUUACUGCUUCAUUAUUUGAAUCAAUUAUUACUAUCAUUAUUUGGAUCUAUAAAAACACAUGGAUCUUAAUGUCUGCUCAUAUUUGUUGAUGUGAAUGUCACAGGUCUUUGCUUCCUGUGCUGUGAAAUGCAGAAUGAGAGGAUGACUCAAACGAGGGCCCUUCGUGCUUGAAUGAACAAGUUCCUCUUUUACUUUGUAGUUAAAACCUCGGUGCUGAUUCACUUUCCGAGAGACAAAGCAAAUUGCCCUUUGUUUUGGUUUCACAGUUAGGUAUUUUUAUUAUGAUGGCGUUGCUUUCAAGCCUGUCUGCCAGAGGGAUUAAAGGAAAACAAAAAUUGGCAAUAGCAAGUCCAGGUUAAGACUCCACAGUGGCUGGGUGUUGUCUCCACCCUGUAACAGGUGUACCUGCUCCCUCCUCCUUCUCCCACUGAAAUGUGCAAGAACACAUCAUCAUCUGCAAGCUCAGACCUCUCUUGCCUGUUGUGUUUUAGGGAUCAAUAGUAUUAAAUGUUGUUCAGUGUCUCUUUGAAAUCAACAGUAUCACUGCAAAAUCCUCUGGCUCCUUCUCAGCCACAUCCUUCCCUCUGCAGCAUCUUUCACCCAGGCCUGCAUUUCUUUAGCACCUCUUUGUUCCUGCCCUGGAUAUCCCAUAAGCUGCCUAGAAAUUUGCUUUUUCCAGAGUUUCAGCUGAGAGCUUUGCAGGCAAGGGCCACUUCUUCAUACCCUGAAUAUUUGACUGACCAGAUCUGGCAGCAGUGGCCCCAUCAGUUCUUGGCUGCAGUUAUUUCUGAAUGCAGGAGCAGGAUUUUCAGAUUUGCAGUAGUCCUCCUUAUAUCUGAGCAGAGACACAGAAUGGAUAAUUCAUCUAUUUAUCUAUCCUGAUUUACCUGUCAGUGACCUCUGUUCUGAAGAUGCCAUGAAUAGUGAGAAGUCUUUUAUUUGAAAGUAGCUCAGUAGAUUGAAGUGAGAAUGAGUACCAAAAUGCAUGGCAUGUGAAGAAGGGAGCAAGAGGGUUACACUGUCCUCAGAACAGAAUUAAGAAGCUGCAAAAAUGAGAGAAGCCCAUUUUCUGAAGAUACAGAUCUUUGACAGUUUAAGGAAAUGUGGUGAGAACUUUUAAUGUGCUGUCUGCUUCUUGAACCUUCAAGACCAGGUGUAUCACUUAGGGCUGAAACUCCUUUUUGGUCAGUGUUCAGUCUCUAACCAAUGGCUGAAAUUUAAACUGCCUUAAAACUCCUCUAAUACCUUCUCUGCCCUGUUUAGAACCAGGUUUCACGAGCCAGAGAUGGCAUCUAGAUUGAGUGGCUCUUGACAUUUUGUUUUUCUGUGAAUUUAUCUGAAAACCAUCACUUCUUGGAAAACAACACGUGCAUAAAUUUUAAUUAAUUUAAAGACCAAUUCAAAGAACAAUUUCAUAUUGCUUUCAAAAAUGUUGGAGUUACUUUCUUUCUAGUUCUUAUUGUGAACUUUAUCUGUGUGAGAGACAGAGAUAAUCAGAUUCAAGAUCUCAGCUGUGUUUUAGCCAUCAUUUAAUUUCUGGUGGCCUCUGUGCAACCUUAGUGUCUGGAACUUCUCCUGAGAUGGUUUUUUAAUGCUUUUCAGCAGUUGUGUUUUCUAAGUCUGUUUUCACAAUCUUUGCUACUUUGCUACUUCACAAUCCUUACUACUUUUUAAAAGUAGCUUCACUGUAUCAAAUGGGUGCUAUUAAAUGUAAUUAAAGUAAUUUUAAGUGGUAAUUUUUGGAAAGCUUUUUUUAAAUGGCCGAAUAAUCCUGUAGCAGAACCUGUCUUCACAGAAGACAGGAUCCUAACAAUGGCCCAUUUCUAGCAUCGUGCUUUGAUUUUACCAUGGAUUGUAUUCAAAUGAUUAUGAAGGAGAUUUAAAUGGGGGGAAAAUAUCUCUCACCUUUCUUGAUUUCAUGCUUAAUUUUCACAGCAAUGGUGAGUUACUCCUAUUUGCAUUUCAUGGUUUUGUUUUUGGGAUGUGUCUUGUCUAGGCAGACAGACACUGAGCCAAGGAGUAAAAUAUGAAGGUUUAACAGCCUUCUGCUAGAGGUGUCAACAGAGACAAAGGUGAAUGUAGAGAAUGAAUAGAAUAAGAUGAGAGAAAGAUCAAAUAAUGGGAUAAGAAGUUCAAGCGUGGGAUAAUGGGUGUGAUUACAGAUUAUUAACAAUGCAAAGAUUUGCAAAAUGUGCAAAAAAAUUCCUGUCUGUUCAUUAACACUUGAUGAGGGAACCACAUAGUAAAACAAUUUUUAAAAAAAUUAUAUUGAGUCUUAGAAUGUUUGUUCUAAGGUGUUAUUUUCUUCUGACUGUUUCUCUGUUGGUUUUUAGGUUUCUGUCUUCCACCUUGUACAUAAGUGGGAUCUCUGUGCUGGAACAAGAUAAUGUCUUCAACUCAUUGAAGGAAAGGGACUAUUUGUUCACACUUAUGAUGAUUUGACACAAUUAAUGUCUUAAUAACCAUGAUGGCAACACAGACAUUAAGUAUAGACAACUAUCAAGAUGGACAACAGAUGCAAGUGGUAACAGAGUUAAAAACUGAACAAGAUCCCAACUGCUCUGAAACUGAUGCCGAAGGGGUGAGUCCUGCCCCUGUGGAAUCUCAGACUCCAAUGGAUGCAGACAAGCAGGCCAUUUACAGGCACCCACUAUUUCCCUUGUUAGCACUAUUAUUUGAAAAAUGUGAACAAUCUACACAAGGCUCAGAAGGCACAACUUCUGCCAGUUUUGAUGUAGAUAUUGAAAACUUCGUAAGGAAGCAGGAGAAAGAAGGAAAACCCUUUUUUUGUGAAGAUUCAGAGACUGAUAAUUUGAUGGUAAAAGCAAUCCAAGUUCUGCGUAUCCAUCUGCUGGAGCUGGAAAAGGUUAAUGAACUCUGCAAGGAUUUCUGUAGUCGUUACAUUGCCUGCCUGAAGACAAAAAUGAAUAGUGAAACUCUAUUAAGUGGAGAGCCUGGAAGUCCUUACUCACCUGUGCAAUCUCAGCAAAUUCCAAGUGCCAUUGCAGGCACACUCAGUCCCCAAGGGAUCGUGGUGCCAGCAUCAGCCUUGCAGCAGGGAAAUGUCACUAUGGCAACAGUAGCAGGGGGGACAGUGUAUCAGCCAGUCACUGUGGUCACUCCACAAGGACAAGUGGUGACACAGGCACUGUCACCUGGGACUAUUCGCAUCCAGAACUCUCAGCUCCAGUUGCAAUUAAACCAAGAUCUAGGCAUCUUGCAUCAAGAUGAUGGCUCAUCAAAAAAUAAGAGAGGAGUUCUUCCCAAGCACGCUACAAAUGUGAUGAGAUCUUGGCUUUUUCAGCACAUAGGGCAUCCAUAUCCAACAGAGGAUGAGAAGAAGCAGAUUGCAGCACAAACAAAUCUGACACUACUCCAGGUUAACAAUUGGUUUAUCAAUGCUAGAAGGCGAAUUCUUCAGCCAAUGCUGGAUUCCAGUUGUUCUGAAACUCCAAAAACAAAGAAGAAAACAGCCCAGAACCGACCAGUGCAGAGGUUCUGGCCUGACUCCAUUGCCUCAGGAGUUGCCCAGCAGCAAUCGAACGAGCUCACGAUGUCAGAUGGUGCUGUCGUGACCAUCACAGCCCCGGUGAACAUGAAUGUGGACAGUCUGCAGUCCUUGUCCUCGGAUGGUGCCACCCUGGCCGUGCAGCAGGUGAUGAUGGCAGGGCAGAGCGAGGACGAGUCCGUGGACAGUGGCGACGACGACGGCGGCGACCUCUCGACAGCCAACAUCAGUGGGCUGGUCCUGGAUAACAGCGACUCCCUGCAGUAGGAAGCCAGAGAGCCUGGAGAAAAACACUUAGGAAAAAGAACGGACUGACUGACUGACUUUUUAUAGUUUGCACAGCAAACAUUUUACACAAGUUUUAUUUCUAAUAUGUUUUAUAUGUAGAUAUAGAAGGGUGCACUUUUUUGUAUUUCAUAGUAAGCUUAAAGAGUGUUUUUGCAGGUGCAGCAACUUCUUUCAAAUGUGUUUUGGUUUGUUUGGUUUUUUUUUGUUUGUUUGUUUAUUUUCCUUUAUUUCAGAAAAUUAUAUCUAGUAAUAUAAAGAACCACGUAAGCACCCCUUUGUUCUCUGAAUUGGAAGUGCUGCAGUUUCUGAUGAAUUAUGCAGUUUCAAUUAGUGCUGUUAUUUAACACAGCUUUUGAUGGGCAGGUGAUGUAAAUUUAAAGCAUGUGACACUAGUGUGUGAAACUUGAUUAUUGAGUUAGAUUCAAAUAUUUGAAAGAUGCUUCUGCACCUUAAAAACUGCUAGUCUGAGGUGGACAGCAACACACAUAAAAAGGAACUGUUGAUGUGUGAUUCAGUAGAGAAUGUAUGGCAAUUUAAAUAAGUUUAGUUUCUCUCAUAGUCCGUGAGCCUGUUUAUCAUUUGCUAUAAAAACUCCUAUUUUUACCUUGCUGGGGUUAUUGGAUAAAAAAAAAAAAUAUUUUUAUAAAUUCACUAGAAAUUGGGAUGACAACUGUAUUAAGCAGGAGGAAAAAAAAAUAAUUUCCAGAGGGGAAAAAUAAAUGUUUAGUAUUCCUAUUUGGAAGGUCUGAAAAUUGACCCAAUUUAAUAAACAAGCCUACAGUAGCAUUCUAUGAUUCUCA